AAGCAUCUCAUUCUGGCAUCUUCAUCAAUCAAAUUUCGUUUCUUCUUCAUUAUUUAGGUUUUAUUUUCCGAUUAUUUUACAUUUCUAACUUUAGACGAAAAAUAAAAGAUAAAUAUCCUAAAGGGUAUAUUUGUCUUUACAAAAAGUAAUUAGCAUAAUAAAUCUAGGGAAUGAUGAGUAGAUUAGGAGUGCCCCUAGAAAUUCCAAAAAACUUUACAUAUUAUACGCUUAUAUAAACGCAAAAGCAUGGAAAUGUUUUGCUUCUUCAUAACGGCAUGCCCUUCCCCCCACCAACCCCGCACCCCACCUUCUUCUCCUUCCUUUUUCAGUGACACCAACUAUCAAACACCUUCUCUGCAUUCUUGCAAACACUUCAUUUCACACUUAACCUGAAGCCCUUUCUGCUCAAUUCUCAUUUGGCUAUUUCCAUAAAAUGGAGAAGAAACAAGGGUUCUUUUCUACACUGAAAGACGAAGUUGUUCGGGGUUUAUCACCGGGUAAAUCAAGAGGAAGAAGUUCAUCACCAUCCGGGUCGGGUUCGGGUUUACUCCGGCGAAGAAAAGGAAGUCACGCACCGCCACCGGAAGUGUACAUUUCAAGAUCAGGGAGUUUAAGGCCAUGUGUGGAAACAUUGUCGCCAUUAAUGGAGGGUCCGGAUCCAAACGGGUCGGAAAUUGGGGAUUCUAAGUCGGAUAGGUGGUGGAUGAAAGGUCAGAUUUGUCGUGCCCCGUCGGUUUCAACUUCUGGGUCGGGUUUACAACGGUCGGAUCUGAGGUUGCUUCUUGGUGUCUUGGGUGCGCCGCUUGCUCCUGUGCAUGUUAGCAAUAGUGAGCCUUUGCCUCAUCUCAGCAUCAAAGACACUCCCAUUGAGACUUCGUCAGCUCAGUAUAUACUGCAGCAGUAUACUGCAGCUUCCGGAGGACAGAAACUUCAGAACACUAUGUAUAAUGCAUAUGCAAUGGGAAAGGUGAGGAUGAUGGCAUCAGAUAUUGAGACGGCUACUAAGGUAAUAAAGAGCAGGAACUCGUCUAAAACAGCUGAAUCUGGGGGUUUUGUGCUCUGGCAAAUGAACCCUGACAUGUGGUAUGUUGAGCUUGCUCUUGGUAGCAGCAAGGUUCAUGCUGGUUGCAAUGGCAAACUUGUGUGGAGGCAUACCCCUUGGCUUGGUGCACAUGCUGCAAAGGGACCAGUUAGACCAUUGAGACGAGCACUUCAGGGACUUGAUCCAAGAACUACUGCAAACAUGUUUGCUAGUGCAAAAUGCACUGGAGAAAAGAAGAUCAACGGUGAGGAUUGUUUCAUUCUCAAGCUUUGUGCUGAUCCACAUACAUUGAAAGCUAGGAGUGAAGGACCAGCCGAGAUCAUUAGGCAUGUCUUAUUUGGCUAUUUUAGCCAAAAAACAGGACUUCUUGUGCACCUGGAGGACUCACAUUUGACUCGAAUCCAAACAAAUGGUGGCGAUGCUGUUUACUGGGAGACGACAAUCAAUUCAUUCCUUGACGAUUACAGGCCCGUUGAGGGGAUCAUGAUUGCUCACUCCGGAAGAUCAGUUGUAACCCUUUUCCGAUUUGGUGAAACAGCAAUGAGUCACACCAAGACCAGGAUGGAAGAAGCAUGGACUAUUGAGGAAGUGGCGUUCAAUGUUCCAGGCCUAUCUGAAGAGUGUUUCAUUCCCCCGGCUGAGCUAAGAUUUAGUACAAUUGGUGAAGCAUGUGAGCUUUCUCAAGGAGAGAGGGUAAAGACUACUGUGUCUGCUGCUGCCGCUGCUGCUUACCGAGCUAAGGUUGCUGCUUUGGAUAAAUCACGAGACGGCAAUGUCAAUAACAUCGUAUUGAAGAUGAAUUAUUAGGUCUGCCGCUAGUUUCUUAAGUUGUUAGGUCUUGUUGGUAUAAAUAGGCUGACAGAACCAGGUAAAAUAGUAAGCUAGAUGUCAGAUGAUUGAGGAAUUUUGAGGUUUUAUAGUUGUCUUAUCUCAAUCUGUAAAUAUUCACAGGAUAUCUUCUUGUUUCAAUUAAGAUUCCCUUUGUGGAAUCAACUCUAUCAAUCUGUGUUUCUGGCAAAUAAUGUAGGCCCUUCUCUUUUACCCCUAUUUUCAA